GGUCUACCACCACCCCUUCUGCGUUCAAGAUGCCACUCAACGCUACCACAUACCUAGAAAGGCACGGAUGGCGGGGCAAAGGUGUUCCCUUAGAUGGUGAGAGCGGAAGAGGGCUUAAAAAGCCUUUAGCCUUACCGAUGAAGCGUAAUUUGAAAGGAGUAGGGAAAGAAAGAGAUCGAGCAGUAGAAUGGUGGGAUUGUUUAUUCGAAGCAGGAGCGAAGAAAUUACAAACUGCACCAGCUGUUACUUCGAAAGAGACUGUUUUGGAAGAUGGCACAGUCGUCUUGAAGCCAAAUCUUGCUACAUCUUCUUCGAUCUCUUUGGCAUCUUUGGCAAAACGAGAGCAUGCAAGGAAGUUAUUGAUGAGCGGAUUCGUACGUGGAAGGCCCAAUGAAGCAUAUGAGCAACAGGUGAAAGAUCUUGAGAAGACAUUAGCCGAACAAGAUCGAGAACGCCUUGCAGCAAAAGAAAAACUCGCACAAAAAGCAGAUCUGAUCAAUGGCCAGAACGAGAAAAAGACAAAGCAUCUAGAGAAAGCCAAACGAAAAGAAGAGAAAAAGCUCGCGAAGAAGAUGUUGAAAGAGCAAGGCGAGAAGUCCAAUGAGGAAAAGGAUGCCAAGAAGAAACGAAAGAGGGAAGAAAAGGCUGCUAUUAAAGAUGUUAGCCAAACGAAGAGUGACAAAGGCUCAGCAGAAUACGAAGAUCGCGCUGAGAAACGUCGAAGGAAGGAAGAAAAGCGUAGACAGAAAGAUGAAAAGAAGCAGAAAAAAGAAUCCAGAGAGAAGAGUUCCGAUAAAGCCGACAAGGCAAGUCUGAAAGCGGACAAGGAGAGCAAGAAGCGAAAGAGAUCAUCGAAAGACUAGAGAUAGACGUCCGCCAUAUACCCAUGCAAGGCAUCCUAGAUUGUACUUUUAGAUAUGAAAUUGCUGCAAUUGUACUAUACACAUUUGUUGAAUCGGAAUACACAUUUUUACACCAAG